GAAUCAACAGAUCUGACCACACAGCUGACUUGGCACGAAUUCGAUGAACUUGACAUUCGUGACAUGAGUCCAGUGCGGUAGAUCGACCAGGAUACACACAAUCUCUUAGAACUUAUCUCAGCUACCAGCUUCGACAACUUCAACUUUGAAUGUACUUGACUUGUCCUAAAUGCAGCCGGCACCGAAAAGAAAGACCGAGAGAUGAAGUUUACAAUGCCGUUACCGAGCCUACCUCCCAGACCCCUAAGCCCUGGCUUCUUCACAUCAAUGACUUCGCGAAUUCUUCCGGAUACCGCCAAAAUGUGCAUAGACACGAUCCUUGAGGUUCUCUAAAUACCUGAGGAGCUCGGGUUCGACCCCACAGUCCUUACCUCAGACGGCCGCACGCAGCGACUCAUUGCCAAGUUGAUAAAGCGUACAACUUGCCUUGCCGGCCUGGCAACAACCUGUCGGAGAGCCCACUACGAUAAAUAUUUACCGACGCAACUUGUCACAAAAGCCUUGGGGUAGCAUCUAGAGCUCGAGGGAGAGGCGAGUCACUCCAUGAGGUAAUGGCCUGCUUUGCGCCGCAUUCCAGUUCAUAUAUAUAUACCUACCGUUACAUAUGGCCGUGUGUGAGCUACGUGUUUCACUCCCAAUGCUACUUAUUGC